UUCCCACCGCCGCUACCGCUGCCGCCGCUGCCGCCGCUGCGCUCUGUCCAGCCGCCAGGCCCAGUGCUCACUUCGCCGGACCAGGGCGCUCUGCGGAGACACCCUCACUCCUUCCUGGGGUCUGGGACGCCUAGCCGGGCGUGGUGGGAAGCCCCGUUUGCGGGGUACAGGGAGGGAGGAGCCUGGAACCGGAGCCAGCGCCAGCCGUCGCCGGAUUGACAGGACAGGUUGAGGGGCGUCGGGGAAGGAAGAGGGGGUGCUGAAGGCAGUCCCCGGGAGGAAGAGGAAGCCCUGUCGCAGAAAGCUGGGAUGCGCUCUGACUUAUAGGGGGUCUGUUCACAUUUGGGGACCCGUGACACCGUGGGUGCACUCCUCUCUUGGGGGGCUGUUUGGAUUGGAGGGCGUGGGAUCUAAACAGUACCAGCUGUCCCUGAGGAAAUUAAGGGGCUGCCAGGAAAAAAAAAAAACCAAACCCCAAAAACCAAUGCUCCUUAUUCCGAGGUGACAGAGGGCCCUCCAGACAACCACCUGGUGUAACCACUAGGAAGGGCGGAUUUGGAGGUGACUUCAAAAGGAGUGGAGGGUAACAGGGUGAGGAAAGGGGCUCAGCACCUAGAACCCUCUGCCACUAGAAAUGGGGGUGACUUGGUAAAUAUUGGUAUUGUCCAGAGGCAGGGUCUGGGAACCUCUGCUUGCUGAAUGGGGACAGUCUGAAUAUCUCGAGACAUAGUUUGGGGGGGAUUUCAGUGAAAAAAGAGGGGGAUUCUUCACUUAGAGGGUGGCAAAGGAAAAGGCACUAAGGUUGGGUUCUUCACUGACAUUGGCAGCACCCCAGCAGGAGUGGGGUGAGCUAAUAUCUCCAAAGCUAAGGACCCACACCCUUAAGAUUAUAAGAGUGGCUUUGACAGGAACACGGGGGCCUGGAAAUAGGGUUGAAAGGUGCCUGGGGAUAUUGGAACCACAUCUUGGAAAAUCUGAGGGUCUUGCAUUUGGGAUAAGGUUAGUGGGGGGACAGGGACACUGGAGACUAGAAAAGGGAAGAGAUUUCUGUAGGGGGCAAAAGUCGAGGGUGGGGUCCAUUGAGAGGUACAUAGGCUGCUGGGUCCCACGAAGGUAGUGGGAGACCCAAGGGUGGGAGCUGGCGCCUGGGGUGGGGGUCCUCUAGGGUUUAUCCUCAGGUCCUGCGGGUAGGGCGAUGAGUUGGGACCGGAGCGUCCAGAGCAUGUCCUGGUGAGCGAGCGGGCUUCUCUGGGGGAGGGGGUGCUCAGCGCGCUCCAGGCGCCUGCCGGUUUGGGGGUGUCUCCUCCCGGGGCGCCAUGGCGGCACUGGCCAGUAGCCUGAUCCGGCAGAAGCGGGAGGUCCGCGAGCCCGGGGGCAGCCGGCCCGUGUCGGCGCAGCGGCGCGUGUGUCCCCGCGGCACCAAGUCCCUUUGCCAGAAGCAGCUGCUCAUCCUGCUGUCCAAGGUGCGACUGUGCGGGGGGCGGCCCGCGCGGACGGACCGCGGCCCGGAACCUCAGCUCAAAGGCAUCGUCACCAAACUGUUCUGCCGCCAGGGUUUCUACCUCCAGGCGAAUCCCGACGGGAGCAUCCAGGGCACCCCAGAGGACACCAGCUCUUUCACCCACUUCAACCUGAUCCCUGUGGGGCUGCGAGUAGUCACCAUCCAGAGUGCCAAGCUGGGUCACUACAUGGCCAUGAACGCUGAGGGGCUGCUCUACAGCUCGGUGAGACAAGGGGGUGGAGUGGCCUGGGGUCUGGUGACUCCUCUAGGACAGACUUCCCAACUACAGCCGCAUUUCACAGCUGAGUGUCGCUUUAAGGAGUGCGUCUUUGAGAAUUACUAUGUCCUGUACGCCUCUGCUCUCUAUCGCCAGCGCCGUUCUGGACGGGCCUGGUACCUGGGCCUGGAUAAGGAGGGCCGAGUCAUGAAGGGAAAUCGAGUCAAGAAGACCAAGGCAGCUGCCCACUUUGUGCCCAAGCUCCUGGAGGUGGCCAUGUACCGGGAGCCUUCUCUCCACAGUGUCCCUGAGACCUCCCCUUCCAGUCCCCCUGCCCCCUGAAAUGUCAUCCCUGGACUGGAGGCUCCCUGCACUCACACGGAGCCAGCCACCACCACAGCCUGUCUCCCAGGCCUGCUCCCGGCCCUGCUCUUACCGCCGCUGCCACACGCAUGCCCUGUGCAGCCAGGUCCCACCAGGUGCUCUGCCCCGAGGGAGCCUAGGGGCCACUGUGACUUCUGGGCCUGCUGAGACCCUCAGACUCUUAGGCCCAGGGUGGGGAGUCAGAGAGGAAGAUGUCUUGAAAUGGUCCUGGCUGAUCACUUCUUUCCUUCCAUGCUCACACCCUCCAAAGCCUUUUUCUGAGAUGGCGCUGGGGCUUCCAGAACUGACAGAACCAGGGCAUAAAUCCUCCCCAUCCCAGGCUCAGCCAGUUCCUGGAGCCCUUUGACCUUUUCAUUACCACUGAGCCAUAGAUCUGUGGGUCCACUGGCGCUCAGGAUCCCUCCUUCUUUGUCUACUCCACCUUCUGCCUUGGUCCAGGUUCUGGAACACAAGGCACCCUAGCCAGGACCACUUCUGCACUCAGGCUCUGUGCUGGAACACAGGCAUGCUGCCAGGCUCUGUUCUGGAUCCAUCAGGCUUCUGUCCUUGACCCAGAUGGACCCCUGACUUCAAAGUAGAGAGAGGCUGGAUUUGAGCCCUGUCCAGCUGUUGGCCUUGGCCUGAACUGGGACCAGUCUUAGAUCACCACAGUUUGAACUUUCUUAUCCCAGAGACACCCAAUUCUAGAGCAUGGUGUUCUAGACACAUACGGAGCCAUACUUCCUUCUGAAUCUUAGCUCUAGGACAUAGACCAGGGCUCUCAGCCCUUCCCUUCAGGAUGGAACGAGGGCCUAUAUAGCCAUAUUAUUGCUCUAGAGUAAGUUCUAGACCCACGCUCCCACCUUCUCUAGUGAUACCUGUUAAGCAUGAGCUCUAGAAAGGACCCAGCUAUGAUUCACAAAAAAAUUAAGUUCUAGAUGGAUCAAGAACCACUUCUUGUUUUUCCUAGAUAGUUUUCUAAAACUCUUAGUCUUCCUGUAGAAUGCUAACCUUAUUUUUACAUGCAGUUUCUAUUUCCUGCAGCUCAGUUGGGGUCCUGUCGGGAAACAGAGUCUGAGGAAGGGCAAAGGAGUUUUGGAAGGAAUCCCUGGCUCAUAGUAGGGCAGCUAGGAUGGGGAAGGGACCAGAACCAUGGCAUGAUUGGACCUGUGCCUGGGUUGAGGGGACAUGAACACGUAGCUACCUCAGCAGGAAUUCCUUCCAGGUCCCCUUUAAAGCUGAGGUCUUUAGGGUAAUAGGUCUGGAAUAAAAAAGACAAAUGCGACAUAGCCUUGACUCCCACCCACCCACAAUGAGGAGACUCCAGUUCAGCAAUAAGCCCCACCCUUCUCCCCUACAGAUCAGGCUAAGGAGGGUGAGGGUCUCUUGGGUUCUAAACCUCAUACACCCCCACAAGCUUCUAACUGAAUAAAACUUGCUUUACCUUAGAGCUUAUAACCUCAGCUGGGUUUUAGGUACCCCAAAAGGGCCUGACUAGAUUUUUCUGAAAAAAAUGCAGAGAGCUCGGGGCAGGCCUGAAAAAGAUCAGAAGCCCAUCAGUGAACUGGGAAGGAUACUCUGGGUGGCGACAGAGUUGGGCAGAGUAGACCGAGGAGGCACUAAAGGGAGGGGCUAGGGCUCGGAGGCAGGUUGUGUUUCCUCAGGCUCUUUUUUACUUCUGGCUUGUCCUAAGAGGGGUGGAUGCUCCCCUCACCCACACAGACCCCGCUCAGGCUCCACCCAUCUCCUGGCUCUGCUCCCAGGGGACCGGGUCUCUGCUCCACGCUUUCUCAAUUAAAGACGAUUUAUACAACUGAA